GAACAAUGGACAUUUUAAAAUAUCAGUACGUACUUCGGUUUAUAACAAUUGAAAGUUAAAAUUAACAAUAUAACUAGGUUUUACAACGGGAUUAAGAGUUGUUUUGUUCAAUAAAUCAGUAUUCACAUGAUAACAAUUGCAAAAUGAGCUGCCCUCGAUGUGGUUGCGAAUGCGGUUUCCCAACAAUGAGAAAGAGGAAACUUGAUGUAAGGCAACUGCCGGUUACAGGAAAUUGGAAACGUUUAAAGACUGCGUCGACGGAUUCAGCAUUUGAAGAGAUUAAUGAACCCCUGGAUCUGCAAAGAAACUUUAACCAUUAUAUUGAACCAGAUGUUCCAGAUAUUGCUUUCGUACAGACAGCCGCACAUGAUUAUCCAGUGUACGAUUACACUCAGAGGCGCGUACAGACCGCCAUUGGAGAAUUUGUUUCACCAUUGACAUCCUCCAUUUUGAUCGCCUCUGAUAACGAAGAAACUCUUAGAGAUAUUUUGUCCGAAAAGUUAACUGGAGACGUAUUGAGGACAUCAACUGGCAAUAGUCUUCUCGAUAGAUCAGUAGUAUAUAUCGGGGGAGAUGAUGAUUGCUUUGCUUUUCUGCGCAAAACGACACGAGCGAAGAAUUCCAUUUUGUGCAGAAUAACACCCCAACUUCAAUCCAGCAGCGAGAAUGUAGAAUAUAUUCGCACAGAAGAUUGGGGUUUUCAAUGUUUUCCAAAAGAUUUUUCAAACAUAUUUACAAAUAUCGAUCAUGUGCUUGAACACUACGCUUUUGAUGAACUGAAUCGAGCGGCUAGUGCUCUUCGAGCAUCGGGGGAGCUCAAGGACGAAAACAUUGCAAAGAUGCAGAAUCUCUACAAAAAGACGAGCAUACCUAUGCCGGAAUGGUUGAUAAAAUGGAAACAAAAAGAAAACAAAUGGAAAGAGAUAUCCAAUACCGUGCUGUCUUACACAUCAGUGUUUGGAUGUGACACUUCAAAAGAAAAACUGGGUAUCCUCAUGCUAAAAGAAAAUGAAUCAAAACAGCUAGAUGUGAUCCAGCAUUUAAAGUCACUCGGACUAUCGGAAGACAAGUUUUAUAUCCAGGUAAUAGAGAUUCAACCAUUGGCUGGCGGGAAAUUUGAAAGUGGUGAUAAAAUACAGGUACGUGGCUCAAACAAAAGUGGGACUCUGGCAGGAUUUGCACUUUUCCAGAAGAACAAAACAGGGGAGCGUGAAAUGAUGGCCAUAACUGCAAAGCAUGUUGUUGAAACUUUGAACCAAGGAAGAAAAGAAUUACACAUUGACAAUGAAAACCUAGGUGAAGUGAUCGAAACUGAAAGUACAUCUAACGGCCCUUCGUACGAUAUUGCUAUAGCAAAAGUUACCGCACCAAAGCAAAAGUGUAACUCCAAAUUUCGAUUUGAGAACGGAAAGGAUGGUUUUGCUGAUUUAUUCGAGCCUGAACACGAACACCAAGAAAGUUUUAAGGACGAAAGAGUUCAUUUUUGGGGUGCUGAAACCUCUCCUGGUGUCGCUGAGAUUUCAAGUUUGCAGUUAAAGUCUUCCGAUGCGGGGAAAUAUAUUUGCAUCGAAACACACAGAACCGCUAAAGCAUUUGCUAAGCAAGGCGAUAGUGGAGCGAUGGUACUUAUGGAAAGAAGCCCACGUGAAUCAGACCAUAUGUUUGCUAUUGGCUCCCUUGUAGGUGAAGUGCGUGCAGUACCAGUAGGAAAACAAGAAAGCGAAAUCACCAAGAUGCGUACACAAACACAGCCUGAAAAUAUUACAGCAACGACCUCAGAUCAAGGAAACACCGGACGCGCUGCUCUUGAUUCUACUUCGAAUGAGACAACCACACAGACGAAGAGGUACAUUGUCGUUCCUCUGGAAAAGGCAUUUCAGCAACUAUCUAAAAUGCAUGGCGGCAAGCUUUCACUUGCUACGGAAGGGGACGUGGUAUAAGUAAAAGGUUGUGCAAGGACACCGUUUACCGAAGUAUACGUUUUUCUGCACAGGAGCGAUAAAGACGAUGUUUUUCAGUGUGAUGAAAUUUGUUUUUUAAUCUUGUAUUUUUUUUUUAUUAAUGUGUCUUGGAAUUGUAAAUACUUUUAACUAUUAUAUCAUAUGUGUAUCAUUAAAAAAGCGAUGCAUCACUUAAACGUUUUUGCUUUGAUUUGAUUUUUAUGAAGAAUUUGCUAAUUCAUGUUAUCUUUUAAACCUUCUUUGGCGAACACGUGUUGACUGACUGAGUGUUUUGGCUGUGACUUAAUUUUCUUCAAAUAUUUUACGUUUUCAAAUCAUUUGGAAGGAGAUAAUAGCAUAUACAAGUCGCUUUUAUUUUAAUAACGUUUUUCUUUAUUUGUUCCCAGUUUUAGUACAAUAAUGCUUUUUAUUAUGAAACUCUAUGAUCACACAGUUUUAAACCUUUUAUUUUAUAAGGCAGACUGUGUGUGAUGUUUUUGAUUUCUAACGAUGACUGCAUCGUAUCUUUGAAAAGUAAUUGCAUUAGGUGCUCUGAAUAGUUCCCCCCCCCCCCCCCCCCCGUCUGCAGACAGAGUUGGGAUCUCUAAUCAUAGAAGUACUUGGGGUUAACCUUUUCGGUUUUUUUUAUUAUUAUUUGUUUUAUUGAUAAGUUUCCUCAAGUUAAUGCAUACUUUGAUAAGAUUUACCUUUUGCGUUUUAUCUUUAUUAAGGAUUGUUGGGAUAAGUCAAGUCAAGUCAAGUCAACAGUUUAUUGUGUAAUUAAAGGCCACUGGCCCAAAAUACAUAACAUACAAGAAAGGCAUGAGUUGUGUCAGGGUAAUUAAUCGAUACAAGCAAAGUGUAAAUACAAAUCAUGAUUACUUCCCCAUUAACCAGUAAUGUUUAGAAGGAGAUGGUAUACAUAAUAAGCUAGUUUUCGUAAAUCUUCAGAUUGAUUUUUAAUAACCUAUAAAAAUCUUUUAAUUCAGUACCAUUAGAAUACCAAUUAAAUAAAUAUUGCGUUCGUAUAUCAUUGUAUUUACAACAUAUAAAGAAUGCAUGGUAUUCACAGUCUAAAACAAAAAUGUUAAUACUAUCUAGACAAAACCGACAAACGCGUUCUUCUUUUGGGAUAUUAUUAUGCCUACCAUUUUCAAUUAACAAUUUAUGAUUUGAACAUCUAAACUUGCUAAAAGCUAUUUUGUGUUUGUAAGGUAUGUCUAAAGAUAAAUAAAGAUCCACAUUAAGCAAAGUUUAGUAUUCUAUAUAAUGAAAACACCGACUGGAACUGUUAAUAGAAUCUUGCCAGUUUUGGCGUUUGCCCAUUGCCACUAAAACGGGUUUAUGUUUAAACUUUUUGCUACUGAGCAUGUUUCUGUAGCUUUUAGCAUAAAUAUUUGUGGUCUGCGCGUUCAUCAGAUACAAUUUCGAGAGGUAUUGAACAAUCCCCAAUUAAAAGUUUUGCUCUAAUGUAUACCCCCAGAGCGGAAAGUUCAAAUUCAGUGCUUCUUUGUCCGUUUAUUCCUUAUUGAAUUGAAACAACAUCUUCUUUCUGGACAAAUUAUUUGAAACAUUUUUCUUUUUGAAACCAUAGAACCUACACACUUGGUAUAAUGAAUUUGAUUUAACUUUUAUGAUUCUAAACUGUUAACUUUUUUUUUCUUUGCAUACAUGUGUACAACUCCUUACAUGGAAACUUGUUUUGGGUCAAUGUUUUUUGUCGUUAUCAAGAAAAAAACAUUAGGAUCAGUGUUUUUCUUUAAAAUAAGGUUCUCUAGAAAUCUCGGAAUAGUUAUAAGGUAGUUUAGUAUUACAUAUUCGACCUUACAUGUGUGAAUAAUAGCGUUAAUAGGUACUCUUGUUCUAUCCAAAAAUGAUUUAUUCCCUUGUCUUAUAACGCAAUAAAUAUGCAAUACAAUAUAAGAAUAAAUUGAAUACUGUUUAAAAGGAGGAACAGUUACAAAAACAGGGCAGUGAAUAAUUUUUUAAAAGAGAAGAAGUAAAAGAUUGAAGUAGAAAAAUGUUGUGAUAUGGAAUUUGCAAAGCUUAUAUUAUGCAAUCUAACAUUAAUUAUAAUGAUUGGUUCUGUGUUUUUCUUUGACUUUCCAUAAUCAAUCUAUAGUUAUUAUUUUGAAUGUUUCGUUACUAGAAUAUUUUGUGCAUCAGUUUCGAUUUGCAAUGUAAAUAAUAUAAUUUGUACAAUUUUCUUUUUGCUUGUUUUGUGUUUCCAAAAUGGGUGUAAAUUUGGACAUAAACAAGCAUGUAAAGUGAUACACCUGUUUUUUUGUUCAGUUUUUGCUUUGCUCAAUAUUUGCAGAGUUAUGACACUUGACUUUGCGAAAAUAAAGCAUAUAG